CAUAAAUGGGAUAAGCACAUUCAAAUGAAGCCUGUUAGUUUCUUAAUUAUCCUCCAGAAGAAAUAUUUCAACAACAAGAGCCGUAAUAAUAAAGGAAAGUCUUUAAAGCAGCAAAAAAACCUACUGCUUAAUAAGCUAAUUAGACUAACAUAAAUUCGACUUCUACUCCCAAGUAUACAGACAAUAUUCAGGAAUCUUUGGAGGAAAAAGUAAAGGGCAAUAACUUUUUCACUCAAAAAAACUAUUAAAAAGCUAUUGAAUGCUAUACGAAAGCUAUUGUAUAAUAAUUAAAUAUUUAGAAUUUGCAUGGUUCCGAUUCUAUUUACUACUCAAAUAGAGCAGUGGCAUAUAGACUUUUGAAUAAAUAUAAAGAAGCUAUAUAAGAUGCAGAAUAAGCAAUUAAAAUUGAUUAAACAAAUUCUAGAGCACACUUCAUUUAUGGAACAAUUAUUUUACUAGAAGUAUAGAAAUGUCCAGAAAUAAGUGAAUAAAUAAUAAAGUAGGCCCACAGAGGUUUGCAGUACUUAGACUAAGGUAAUAUUCUUAUAAUAAUAAAGCAUAUGCUUAUAUCAAGGAUAAUACCGACUAAUAAAAGAACAAAUUGAAGGUUCUAAUAAAUUAAAAUUUAGGAAAGGGAAAACGAAUGGUUUUUUUGAUCGCUAAAGAAAUGGAUAGAAGAAGUAUUACCAUUUAAAUAUAUAUUGAUAGAUGUCUAAUCUUUAAAAGGCAUUCUUGCAGAAUUAGCAUAGAUUAGAAAUAUUAAAUUGGAUUGGAAUUAUCUGGAAAAAUAAACAUAAAAAAAGAUCCUCUAAGAUCUACCAAUACCUUAAUCAUUUACUUGUGUUAUUUCAUAUGAAAUUAUGAAUGAACCUAUUCUAUUUAAUACUGGUCAAACUUAUGAAAAAAAUGCCAUCUUUUAAUAAAUUACAUAGAAUGGUUGCACAGAUCCUAUCACAAGAGAGCAAAUCAUUCCAUAAACUGCAAGAUUAAAUCUUUAAUUACUUUAAGGUAUAAAUGAAUUAAAAAAAAAAUAUGGGUGGAUUGGAAUAGAACAAGAAGAAGACUACAAAGAAAUAAAGUUUGAAUGA